AUGUUAACUCCAAAUGCAAGCCUCAUCGAUGACGUAAAUGCUAUUGAAGAUGAUGAAGCCGAUGCACUCGCAGAUCAAGAUGAAGAGGAUAUCGAAAUGAUUAAUGAAGAUGCGCAUUAUAGAGUUCAAGCCGAAAUUUUAAAAAAUGAUCAUGCAAUUCAAUAUCAAAAACAAAUUGACAAUAUUAAGGAUUCAUACAAUGAAGAAACAAAUCAAAUACUAGAAGAAGGGAAAAAUUUAUGCCUGAAAAUGGUGGAAGAUCAACGAAAAGAAGUCGAAAAUCUUGAAAACGAAUGGAGAACUGCUCGCAAAAAGCAAAUAGAUCAAGAUUUGGAAGCAAGUAAUUCAAAAUUGGCUACUGCAAGGGUAUUAGCAUCAUUUCAACUUAUCGAUUCUGCAAAAACUUUACGUGAUACUACCCGAAAACAAUCCGCAACACGAUCUUCUGAACUGAAAAUACUUGAUGAUCUUUUCGAAAAGCAAUACCGCCUAAUGAUUGAACGCCAUUCUAAAGAUUUCAUUUUACUUCACGAAAGAGUUAAAGCUCAAAUUAACAAUUCGAAGCUUGAUGCAGAGCUACUUAAAAAACAAGCGGAUUAUACAAAAGAUAAUCAGGAUUCUCAGAUUCCAAUCGUAAUGAUUUCAUCUGUCAGUAUGCAAGCCAAAUUUGAUACAACUAAGCGCAGCAUAAUACAAACAUUUUCACCAAGACCAGAAAAACGUAUUUAG